UUCGCGCAUAUUCUGUUGACGUCAUCCGCCCAGAAGCCAUUUUGGAUUAAUAUCGUCUGUUUAAUCUUUAUUGUGAAUAUUCGUUUCCUUUUUUAACGAACGCAAUUCUUUACAAGAAUGUUGAAAUAUAUGUUUUAACGUUCGUCUGAUACAUCGAGUUUAGAUAUCCGUACGUUUUACGACUUUAUUUUUCAGAUGGAUUCGUCGAUGUCUAAGAAUGCAUCAUCCAUCAAGAGGGGGUGUACGAGGAGGAGCAGAUCAGUUUAGUUGGGAUUCUGUGAAGACUGAUAAAUACAGAGAGAAUUAUUUGGGUCAUUCCUUGAAAGCCCCUGUAGGUCGGUGGCAGAAAGGAAAAGAUUUGCAGUGGUAUAAUAAGGAUAGAGAUAAAAAACAUAAGAGUAAACUUUCAUCGUCUGAACGUGAUGCAAUUCGACAAGCAGAAGAUGAUGCCAUGAAUGCUGCAUUAGGUCAUAAGCCAAUUCAGAAAGAACAGCAAGUUAUGAACAAAGAGGUAUUUUAUACUUUUUGUUUUAUAAAUUGUAUAGUUUUUUUUUAUUUUGUAAAUCUUAACUUUAAACUUUUUAAAAUCUAA